AUGGGGGGAUGGUACCUGAUUGGUGUUUUCCGGCUGAAGCAAGUCCAUGAACACAGCAGACUGCCUUUCCUGGCGCUGGAUAGUCACCCCGCCAGCCCCUGGAACUUCUCCCUGCCCCAGCCUUUCCUCCCCACUCUUGAGCCCUCCUCUCCCCUGGGAAGAGCAGAGAACCUCCCGAAGGCCACUGCCUCUCCCAACUUCAUCCACUCAUCCUUGCUGCAAAAGGAGGGAGAGGGAGUUAUCUCCAACCUCUCUGCUCAUGGAAGCACCUUGUCUCAUUCAUCUCUCUGUGACGGAUGUGGCCUUCAUGACAGCAGCGCCGAACGAGCUCCCUACUGCCCGUGUGCAUGUGGUCCCCGGCGGCAUAUAGAUCUUCAGCCUUGGGCCGGCCCUGCUCAGUCCCUGGAUGAAGAAGCCUUGAGGUUCCUGAGCUAUAUCAGCACCACCCAGAUCGCUUGCAAGCGCAUGAACACAGACGGUCUGGCCCCCAACUCCAGCCCUGCACGGAAGCCCUGGUCUGUGUGUCUUGAUGACAGGUUCGGCUUAACUCGUCAAAUCCACAACAAGCAGUGCCGCCUCUACUCCUUAGGGCUGGGAAAUGAUGACACCCAUUUUGAGGUUAGCAUGGCCAAGGAUGGGUGUGAAGUGCAUCGUUUUGAUCCGAGUGUCAAAUCACCUCACAUUCUGGAGAGUCAGCGCCUUUGGCAUCACCGCUUGUCCAUUGAUUGGCGGGAUCCCCAUCCAGCUGUUGCUGCCCAAAGACCACAUCGCAACACCAGAAAACUGGGAAGCAUUUUGAAUGAGUUUGGGCACCACAAGAUUGAUGUUCUCAAGGCAGAUCUGGAAAGUGCGGAAUGGAAAGUUCUGGAAAAUCUUAUUCUGGAAGAUGUGCUUGAGCACAUUGGACAGCUCAUCUUUGAGAUCCAUCUCCACUGGCCUGGCUUCGAGGUCAGUGGCGGCGACAACAGCGUCGUGCGGUUCUGGUACAGCCUCCUCAAAGAGUUAGAACGAAAAGAUUUCAGGCUUUUUCACAGUUACAAAGAUUUAUCUAAACCUCAGCUGUUCCUGAAGAAGGAAAUUUUCAAUGCAAGUAGCUGUUAUACUUUGAGUUGGGUGAACACAAGGUGGAAAUAG